AUGGACUCUCUUCAUCCAGACAUCCUCCCAACCCUGCAGAGCUUUUCCCAGUUUGGUGCGGGCCUGUCGAUGUCCGGAACGGGCAAACUUGGUUUGCCACCCCCAGCGGUGGACUUGUCUUUUGUCGAGGCCUUGAUAUCCUCGAAGAGACUGGGGUGUUUUGGCCCGUCCGUGCCAUUGAUCUCGGCCCUCACAGUCGGAUCUUUGCCUUCGAUCCCGGACUCCGGGCAUCCAGGCACGGCCCUGUUGCUCCAAAGUUUCGUCCAGCUGGGUGUAGUGGCUUUCCUCAUCGGCACCACCUGUGCUGGAUUUACUUCAGCAGCCUUGGACGCUGUAUUCGCAGACUUAUCAUCGUUGGCAAGGACAGCCGGGUGCAUUGGACCUCUCCUUCCGUCAUUUGGGCGGUCCCGUUCUGGUUUGCCAGCCGCAGUGCUGGACCUUGCCUCAUCUGGUUUGUUUCUGGCCAUUAGAUCGCCCGCGCGCUUCGGUCUGGGGCCAUCGACGGUCGGUGAUGCGACCUUUGGUGGCAACGUCAACUUAGUGAGCCCAUCAUCCAUUCGACAUGUCGGUCACUUGGACGUGUCACCGCCGGUAUUGGGUGGAGUCCGCUUUGAUCUGCCACCGAUUGCCUCGGAUUCUUUGCAUUUGGGCCUCCUGCUUCCUUUACACAGCCUCGCCUGCCCAGAAACAGUAUCAUCGAUUUCGGCUUCCUCACGUUCAGAUGCUUUUUUGCCGUUGCGACAGCUUGCUCAGCCGGGCAGCCCCUCGAUGCCGAUCGGCACCGCAUGUUUGGAGAGCACAUUGGCAGUUCACGAAAAUGUUUAUCCAGGUUUUGCCAUCCACUUCAACGGGGCGAAUAACUACAUCUACUACGACACGGGAGCAACAGAGCUCAGAGUCCACGCUGGUGGCCUCAAGCGGAUGAGCAUCAGCAGCACCGGGGGAAGCCUCCACGGUACCUGGUCAUCGGAGAGUAUCAUCAGUGCCUCAGACCAGAGGCUGAAGCGUCGUAUCGAGCCGCUGGAAGGGACUCUCGCGUCCAGGGCCAUGCAGCGGACUAGCUCUGAAAGAGGCUCAGAAGGAGAGUCGGACAGAGCGAAGGCCGUGGGCUGGCUGCUGCGGGAGCUUCGACCAGUGUCCUACUAUUUCAAGGAGGGACCGGACGCCAAGUACGUCAGGUAUGGCUUUGUGGCACAGGAGCUCGAGCAAGUCAUGCCGGAACUGGUCCGAAGUCACAAGGAUCGCAAGCAUGUGGUGUAUCACGACCUCAUAGCACUCCUCACCUUGGCAUCGCAGGUUCAGCAGGAUCGCCUGGCUGCGCAUGAGGCUCGGGCACGCGAGCGGGCCCAGAAGCUCAAAGAUCAGGCAUCGCUGUUGACGAAGUUAACGCGCGCAGUUUCGAAGUUGGCCGCAAGGAUAAAUCUCUGGGAAGAUAUGAUGAGGCCUUGGGUUAGAGCCAAGCCUUCUCGGUGA